CGUGUCUCCUCCCUUCGUCGCGACACAUCUGAACGCCGCAGGCCGCAAGCUCUCGCCACCGCUACAGGCAAACACCCGCCGCAGCCCCCAUGUUGAAGACCGGGGAGCAGCAGCCGGCGGACAUGGAGGUCGACUCCUCUGCUGCCGUCGAGGAGAAGCAGGCCGUCAAGUUCUCCAUCAACGUGCUGGAGCUCAUGUGGGAGGCGCAGAUGCAGCACGGGCUCCGCCAGAGUGACUACACGCGGUACAGGAGGUACUGUUCUGCGCGACUCAGAAGGUUGUACAAGUCUCUUAAGUUCUUGCAUGGCCGUGGUAAAUACACCAGGAGGAAUAUAACCGAGUCAACAGUCACAGAUGUCAGGUGUGAUGACUUCUUCUGAUAAUAUGUUAUAUUGGAUGCUAUUUCUUCCUCAAUUUUUAGAUGAAAUAUAGAAGGGAAGGGUUGUUCAUGAUAGGCCAUGUUUCUAGAACUCUAGCAUGCGUCCUAGCGGACUCUUUGUUGAUGUUUGCUAAUAGCACCACAAAAAAGUA